AUGAAUAAAUUGGCAAAUACAAUAAUGACAGAAUCAACAGAAACAUUGGCAGAUAAAAUCAAGAAAUCAAAUGAACUCAGAACAAAGUUCAAAUAUUUAAAAAAUACGUACAGAACACUUGAUAAAAUAAGCGAAGCAAUAUACCACACUCAAAUUGAACUAAAACAAUCACAGCAAAGAAAAAUGCACCUUUAA